AAGUAUAUUUAUUAGAAUAUUAAAUCCAAAAAGAGUUAAAAUUUCUAUUCAGUCUCCCUGUUAGAAACAAACAUGGAUGACGCUACACAAGUAACCAAAAUGAAGGUGGCUGACCUGAAGAAGGAACUUAAGUCACGGGGGCUAUCAGUAACUGGAAACAAGAAUGAACUUGUGGAAAGACUACAGGAGGCACUAGAAGGUGGUGAAAAUGUUCCGAUUAGUAACGUUGAAGGUGAUGACGAGGACUUUGACGAAGAGGAGAUCCUAGGUGGAGACGACAUGGAUUCAACAGAGUUGGUUAAGUUGACUCCACAAGAGGAGGAGGCUGCCUUAGGAGGCGCCAUAAGGGUUCGAGAUGAGGCAACUCUUCUCGAACAACCAGAGAAGAAGAAAAUCAGCCUUAAGCGGUCUGAGCCACCCUUACCAGCAGCUCCUGCCAUAGUUGAGCCAGUGACAGAGAAUGAUCCACCUGCUCCCCAGGAAGAGGAAAAGGACGAGGAGAGCGACACACCACCCAAGAAAGUCAUUAAGCUUGAUACUGCUACUGAUAAAAGUCCAAUUGAAGUAAGAGCCGAGAGAUUUGGCAUUCCAAUGACAGAGGAAGCAAAGAAGUUAUCCCGUGCAUCACGUUUUGGGCAGGCCACAAAUGGUGCAACAAUCAACAAGAAACCAGCCAAGCUCUCAAUGGAGACAGGGGGAACAGAUGUGGAAAAGCUGAAAGCUCGUGCUGAAAGGUUUGGAGAAGUGACUUCAAAGUCACUGGUCAAGGUGUCUGAAUUGGAGAAACUAAAGUUGAGGCAAGAGAGAUUUAAUGCAGCUCAAGCAGCAGAGAAUAAGACAGCAACUGAAAAGACCUUGAUAACCAGUUUAGAUUCGGCUGCAACUGCAAGGAUAGCACGUUUUGGAGAUGCGGGAAACAAAGAUGAGGAUGCAUUGAAGAAAAAGCGAGCUGAAAGAUUUGGUGCACAAUGAAGUCAAAUACAUGCCUAGUAAAUAUGGCAAAAAUUAUUGAUAUACAUUAAAGUAAUAAAUGUAAAUCACCAAGACAAGUCAAUUUCUAGUUUUAUUGAUAAUUCAGAUGGAAAUGUUCACUUGUGUGCAAGAUGUUGAUGUAUAUCACAAUAUUUUGCUGCAUUGGCGUGCAAUCAGUAUAAGCACCACCACCAGAUGUCUUACAUGUACACACACCAAAAAAAACUAACUGCCCACCUGGGUCCGAUGUGUUCGGUAAUGAAUACAAGCUACAGCAGUUUCGGUUCGGUUAUCAUUGUUAUUAUCAGGUGUAACUCACAAUCAGAAAUACCAGCUGAACCGGAACUAUUGUACAUUGUGUUCAUUUCCAAACACCGGACCCAAGUGGGCAUAUAGUUUUUAUUUUUAUUUUUUAUUGUGUGUGUGUGUGUGUGUGUGUACAGUAUAGUAUGUGAAUUUUUCCAAAUUAGAGUAUUGUGUAAAGGUCAACUUUUUCAAGUGUAAUGUUAUUAUGAAAAGACAUCAAAUAUAUGUAGUACAAAGAAGCACUUCAUUAAAAAAGAAUGAAUGAAUUUUUUGUAAAGUCUAAAAGAUAUGUUAGUUGUUUAUUUUAAGGGCAUAAAGCAACUUCACUUAUAUUUCCAAUUUCGUAUUUGUUUUUGACUAUUUAAUGAUUGUACUGUACAAAGGUCAUUCAAUAAGUAACGAAACUUUUAAAUGUAGACGGCAAAGGGGUGGGCAAGUGCAGCGAUCAUGUCAUGACAUGUUUAGACAUGCAUAAGCUACAUCAUCUGUUUGUUUAGUCAGUUCAUUCAAUUAGUCUAGUGUAAGUGUUGCAUUAACGAUGAGCGCUCCGCUUGUAUUUUCAACUUUGGAAGAAUGACGAUCUGUUAUUCGUUUUUUAAAUUCGGAAGGGAUAAAACCAAGCGAAAUUCAUCACAAAAUGUCACUUCUAUACAGAAGCUAUUGCAUCAAUUGAGCGAACAUUUACAAGUGGGUUGAACAAUUCAAUAAUGGUCAAACAAGUAUUGUAGAUGAAGAUCGUACCGGACGACCCGUCGAAGUUUCAACACCCACAGUGCAAAGCAUACUCGGGAAAUGAUUACAAUACUGGGUUGGGAGAUUUUGCCGCAUACAGUCCAGAUCUUGCACCAUCAGACUACCACAUGUUUGGUCCACUCAAAAUAACUUUACUUGGAGAGAAUUUUUCAAAUAAUGACAAGGUGAGGAAAGAAAUCCCAAAUUGGUUACGGAGUCAACCAAAAGAAUUUUUCACCACUGGAAUAAGAAAACUCGUAGAAAGAUGGGACAAAUGCAUAGCUGUAGAGGGAGAGUAUGUGGAAAAAGAGGUAUGUGAUGACUAAUAAUAAAUCGUUACUUCUGCAGUUACAUUAAUUUGUCUCGUUACUUUUUGCAUGACCCUUGUAGUUUUACACUUCUUUGUAGAGCUUAUGUGUGCAUAAAUCAGUCACAUAAUAAAGUAAUGUACCUGUAAAUUUUUGUUUGUCAUCAAAUAUUUGUAAUACUUGUGUGAAGAAAAAUUUAAUUGUGGAAUUUAAAUUGUCUGUAUAAGCAACUACUUGAUGGAUUUUCAUAGAAACAGUUAAUAGAAUAGCCGAUAAUUAGAUAAAAAGAAACACAAAAUUCUCAUCUUAAACAUAUUGCAUAGUUAUCUUUUCAGGUAUAUUUAAUUUACGAUAUGGUUUUUUCUUUUACAUCUUAUGUAGAAAUACAUCUUUUAUAUUUCAGGAUUAGUCACUGUACCUAUAUAAGCCGUCUUGUUAAAUAAUAUUUUUAUUAAACUUUUUACUUAAUACCAAAAAUUCCUAAUGUUAGAACAUUAGUUGAUAAUUUUUAUUCUAAAGUUUUUGGAUUGGUUUUAUUUUCUUAGGCAAUAAUAUUUCACAUAUCCCCCAAAAAAAAAUACCCACUGGAGUGGCUCAGAUUUUUCAUUUUGAUAGAUAAAUAUCUUAGUGGGAUGUGCAUAUUUAGAAAUGCACGCACACUCUCAAAAGAGUAUACAUGUAGAAAAUGGAUUCCAUGCAGUCUGGCUGUAGUAUUUUUCAAGCUUAGUAAAGUUGGUCAUAGCUUAUUUUGUUAAUUGUUGUAGGAAAGUUUCCACCUUUAUAGUGGUUUGUCUUGGUGUGUUACAAGAUAAUUCCACCCAUUUCAAAAUGACAAUAUAAAUGGUUUGAUCUCUGAAGGUUGAGUUUAUAAGACAUGAAAAAUAAUUAUGUUUUACUUUAUGAACUGUAGUCAAUGACUAAUAAACUAAGAUUGAUCAUUAUAGGUCAACUUUGAUAUCAUGUUUGAAAUAGCCAUAGUGGUGUUGGGCAUUUGAUGAGAGCAAUGUUAGAUUGGACCUGAUCAGAACAGUGAAAGUUUACCCAUAUACAGUGGGUUUCCUUAUGUCAAUUAAUAUAAGUAAGGAUAUGGCCAUUUGAAGUGUGUUUGAGGAACCCUCUUGCCAUCUCCGAUCAAUAGUGAAUCAACUUGUACACACCUGAAUAUUUUUCACUCAGAGAUGUCGAUAUCAAAACUUGGAAGCUGAGCCACCCUAACGGCCCAUUGAUGUGUGUGUGUGUAUAGUAUUUAUUCUUGAUCAUUGAUGAAGUUGUUGUAAACUGUGUUUAUUUGGUUUUCCUUAUUUGGCAUGUUUUUUUUUUCUUCAAUAAUAAACAUGUAAUUGAUUAAAUUUUUAUGAGCAGCUAUUGUUUUAAAUAAAAUUUAACUUGCUAUGCAAUCUCUCCUCCAAAGGCUGCUGAAGUAACUUAAGAGUAUAUGAAUUUAAAUUGUUUGAUAAAAAUAAAAUUAUAGAUUGUGUGGACUUGCAGUAUGUUUAUAUAAGAAGCCACUUUGUUAUCAAAAUGCAUUGCACAAAUUUAUCUGAAACAACAUUUUCUAGUGUGGUACAGUAAAAGUAAAAUCAAUGAACAUUUGCCGGCAAAUACAUUAACUAAUGCUAUAUAAAAAAGGGUAUAUCCCUGUACUGUAUUUAUAGAUAUUAAUUUGUAACCAUUUAUUUUACUGUUGAGGCUAAUUAUUAGUAUUUCAUAAGACUUGAACUAACUUGUAACAAUAUAAUUUCUGUUGAGGUUGAGUAUUAAAAAUUUUUAAGAUAUGAAUUUCAAACUUGCAAUAAAUGUUAAGAGUAGUUA